AUGAGUCAUGCAUCAAACAAUUCAUUCAUUGCAAUGAUUCGAUCUCAUCUAAAAUGUGUUGAAACAUUUUCAAUUAUCUUUUAAAAUUUAUUGUUUGAACUAUGUUUCUAGUAUCAUCUGAUAUCUAUUUUAAUUAAUUCUUAAACAUUUUUUAUAAUUAUUUUUUUAAAGUUUAAAUUUAUUAAUAUAACCUUAAAAUAAUUUGUUUAUAAAAAUACUUAUCCAGUUUAUUUUUCAUCUAUAUAUGAAAUAUAAAACAUAUGAUAUAAAUUCUAAAAAAAAUGAAUCGAGUUGAUCUUAAGGUUGUAUUGUUAGGAAAUUCUGAGGUUGGAAAGACGAGUUUGCUAGAGAGAUAUGUCAACGAAAGAUUCAACGAGAGUAUGGCUUACCAAAAUACGAUUGGUGCAGCUUACGCAGCUAAAAAUGUAGAAGUUGAUGAUAAAACUAUCACUCUGGGUAUAUGGGAUACUGCUGGUACUGAAAGAUAUAAUGCUAUGGUAAGAAUUUAUUAUCGUGAUGCAAAAGCUGCAAUUGUAUGCUAUGAUAUCACAAAUCAAGCCUCUUUUAACCGUGCUAGAGUUUGGAUACAAGAAUUAAGAAGUCAAGAAGAAGAAUGUAAAAUUUAUUUAUGUGCUACAAAAAAAGAUCUCAUUGAUAAUGAUCAGACUCCUACUCCAUAUGAACCAUCACCCAGUUUAGAGAUGGUUCAAAGAUAUGCUGAUGGAAUAGGUUCAAAAUUUUUUAUUACUUCCAGUAAAACUGGAGAAAAUGUUGCUCAAUUAUUUCAAGAGAUAGCCAGAGAUUAUGCAUCAAACCCCGCGAAUGUUAUAAUUGAAAAAACAAUUAACUUAUCAGUAUUAUCCAAUAAUAAAAAAAAACAUUGUUGUGGAAAGACUUAACAUGAUUUAAUUACUCGAUUGCAUAUGUUUUUAUAUUUUUAUAUUUUACGUAAUAUAGCGUAAUACUUUCUCAGCAAAGAUAAUCAUAUAUUUAUGUAUUCAUAAAACAGUACUAAUAUAAUUAUUUUUCGAAUAUUUGUAAUUCACUGAUAAAAUAUUAAACACUCAUAAAGAUAUUGAAUUUUUUUGAGUUCUAAGAAAGUUACCAAAAUGAAUGGACUUUCUAAAAUUAUUUUCAGAUCCGUAAAUUUAACAUAUAUACUUAAAU